AUGAAGCAGAUAGGCACGAGUGACAAGAUGCUGCAUGUCUUGGUUCUCUCGCUUCUCUUUUCUGCUGUUACACCAACAACUUUGGCAGCGAAGAAAGCAUACAUAGUGUACUUGGGUGCACAUUCUCACCCGGAAGCAACAGAAGACAUUCAACGUACUGUGAUCAAUUCUCAUCAUCAACUUCUUGGAUCCGUCUUAGGAGGAGUGGAGAAAGCAAGGGAAUCAAUAUUUUAUUCUUACGCAAACAGUAUCAAUGGAUUUGCUGCAAUGCUAAAUGAAGAGGAAGCCACAGAAUUGACGAAGCAUCCUGGUGUUGUGUCUGUGUUUCCCAACAAGAAGAAUCAUUUACUGACAACUCAUUCAUGGGAGUUUUUGGGUCUCGAGCAUGAAGGCAAGACUCUUCCAAAAUCAUUAUGGGAGAAAGGCAAUUAUGGUGAAGACGUGAUUAUUGGACACAUUGACUCAGGAGUUUGGCCUGAAUCAAUGAGCUUUAGUGAUGAAGGAUUAGGGCCUGUGCCCAGCAGGUGGAAAGGAGUGUGCCAGAAUGAGACUGAUGGGCAUGGUUUUAAGUGUAACAGAAAGCUGAUCGGCGCGCGCUACUUUACCGCUGGUUACCUCAAAGGGGCAGGCAAGGAACCUCUCUGGUACAGGUCUCCUCGCGACCGGAUUGGCCACGGGACUCUCACCUUGUCUACAGCUGCUGGUAGUUUCGUGCAAAACGCGAACAUUUUCGGGUUGGCUAAUGGAACGGCCAAGGGUGGCUCGCCCAGGGCUCGAGUGGCGACCUACAAGGCCUGCGGCUCAUGCUCUGAUGUAGACAUAUUGGCUGCUUACGACGCUGCGAUCGGUGACGGUGUGGACGUGAUCACGAUUUCGCUCGGUAAUAUGGAUGCCGGGGACUACUUUAGUGAUAGCUUCUCAAUCGGCUCCUUCCAUGCCGUCAGCCGAGGGAUCGCAGUUGUUGCCGCCGGCGGGAAUGAUAUUAACAGGAUUGGCACGGUGACUAAUGUGGCUCCAUGGUUGUUCACCGUCGGUGCGAGCACCAUGGAUAGGGAGUUCGUUUCUCAUGUUUCUCUUGGCAACAAUAAGACCUUUCAGGGGCCAAACCUUUCUUCAAGUUCAAUGGCAAAAGGGUUGUACCCAUUGGCAAAAGCGUCGGAUGUCAAAGCUGCUAAUGCAACUAAUCAUACUGACAUAGAUUACUGUCGCCCGGGUACUCUUGAUCCCAAAAAGGUAAAAGGAAAAAUAAUAGCUUGUGUCACCAAUUUCUUUGAUUCAACUGUCUCGACGGGCCAUGUGGUUAAGGAAGCCGGAGGCAUCGGGAUGAUUCUGUGUAAGGACAAGAAUUCAGAAAAUUUUACAACUGAACCUCAGCUUCACGUCCUCCCAGCUACUGUGCUCAGUGCCAAUGAUUCCAAAGAGGUCUUCGCUUAUAUCAAUUCUUCCAAGUCUCCUGUUGCAUAUGUAGGCCGUCCAAUUACAAAGUUCCAUACAGCAACUGCUCCAGUAAUGGCUUUUUUCUCAGCAGGAGGGCCCAACCCUACGAACCCAGAGAUCCUUAAGCCCGACAUUACAGCGCCUGGAUUUGAAAUCCUUGCGUCAAAGCCUCCAUUUUUACCAGCAUCAGAUUAUGUGGAAUUUGACAGGCGCCACGUUAAUUUUACUGUAGUACAUGGUACAUCCUUAUCAUGCCCACAUGUCGCUGGCAUUGUUGGCCUCCUCAAGAAUGCUCACCCUGACUGGAGCCCUGCUGCAAUCAAAUCAGCAAUCAUGACUACAGCAACACAUCAGAACAAGAUGAAAAAGCAAACUAUUUAUGGCCCUUAUUCAGCAGCAACACCAUUCGACUAUGGAUCCGGGCAUCUUCAUCCCAACGGGGCUAUGGACCCUGGCCUAGUUUAUGACAUUAGUGUGACAGAUUACUUCAACUUCCUAUGUGCUAUUGGUUACAACAAGACCAGCGUCUUCAUGGUUGCCGGAAAAUCUUACUCAUGUCCUGAACAGGUUCCAGAGGUUACAGACUUAAAUUACCCUUCAAUCACUAUCCCUAGUCUCAACGGGACAAAGACGGUUUCUAGGACCGUGAAGAAUGUCGGAGAGCCCGGAACAUACACAGCCCUCACAGACGCACCACCAGGAACCGUGGUUUCAGUGAGACCACGAAGUUUGAAGUUUGAUAGGAUUGGUGAAGAGAAGAAUUUCACGGUGACUGUUAAAGCUAAGAAAGGGUCGGCUCAUAAAGGCUAUGUGUUCGGGUGGGUGAAUUGGUCGGAUGGUGUGCACCAUGUCAGGAGCCCGAUUACAGUUGGAAUUGGUUCAAACUAAUCACAA